GGGGGGGGGUCGUCGUUUGCUGAGGGAAGGAUAACCGUUGCUCGGGGCGGCGCUGAGGAUGUGAAGCGAUGAUAAUGGCGGUGAGGAUGAGGAUGAGCGGAGGCGGCCGGAGCCGGGGGACGGCGGUGCUGCUGCUGUGGGUUUUCCUGCGCUGUUGCUCGGGGUCCAGCAGCGGCCAGUGGCGGGAGGCCUCGCCGCCCUGGGCCCAGUACUACGGCACCAAGAUGCGGUACGAGGACGUGGCGGGAAGCGGGCCCGGCUCAAGCCGGGCUCUCGGCGGCUGUCAGGCGCUGCAGCUGAACGCGCUGAUCCGACACGGCACCCGCUACCCGACUCGCAAGAACGUGCCGGCGAUGAAGAGGGUGCACCGGCUGAUCAGGGAGCGGGCAGACCGAGGCCUGGGCCUAGUCCGGGCCCUCGCCGACUGGCACAUGUGGUACGACGAGCGGAUGGACGGUCACCUGCACCCGCUGGGGGUCACCGACAUGAGCGGCCUGGCCGAGCGCCUGAGCCGCUGCUUCCCCGAGAUCUUCAGCCCGCGCCGCGACUGGAACCGGCGCCUCAAGUUCGUCAGCAGCUCCAAACACCGGUGCGUGAACAGCACCCGCGCCUUCAUCCAGGCCCUGGAGCGGCUCCUCGAGCCCGGCGGCCGGGCUCAGCCGGGCGGCCGCUGGGAGGUGGACGACACGCUCCUUCGCUUCUUCGACCACUGCCACCGGUACAUCCAGUCGGUGGAUCGAAACCAGACGGCCAUGCGGCAGGUGCAGCGCUUCCUGCAGGGCCCAGAGAUGGGGGCGGUGAUCGCCAACAUGGCGAGGAAGCUGGGCAUCGGGCCGGAGAAUAUAACCACUGAUAUGGUUCAAGCCACAUUUUACCUUUGUACAUUCGAGUACGUUCUUAAAGAUGUAGUUUCACCCUGGUGUGACGUCUUUGAUAAAGAAGAUGUUGAGAAGUUGGAAUAUUGGGGUGAUCUGAAACAUUACUGGAAGAGAAGUUAUGGCCAUAAAAUUAAUGGGCUUUCCAGCUACAAUCUGUUUCAAGACAUAUUCCAGCAUUUGGAUCAAGCAGUAGAAGAGAGUGAGAGGUUAUCUGUUCCAGUAAGAAACUCGGUCUUGAGGUGGUUUACCCCCAGUACAGGGUUGUCCCUUAAUGCAAGUUUUGUCCGGGAUGCACCUGAAAAAACAAGGGGCGAAUACAUAUCUCAUACUGCUGUUCUGCGUUUUGGACACGCAGAGACUCUUCUACCAAUCCUUACUCUUAUGGGCUAUUUUAAGGACAAGAACCCAUUGUUAGCAGAUAAUUUUGCUGAACAAAAGAAUAGAAAAUUCAGAAGUGGUCGGAUUUCACCCUUUGCUGCAAAUCUCAUUUUUGUGCUAUACCGGUGUGAAAAAGCACAAGAUCUAGCAGAAAAGUACAAACUACAGCUGUUGCUGAAUGAGAAGCCUCUGCCAUUUCUUCACAAUGGAGAUUCUGUUGCUGGCUAUGGAGAAGUGAAGUCCCACUAUGAACAUGCCCUAGAAGUGCGCAGUUUUGACAAUGUAUGUGAGGUUGCUGCUCAAGAAGCCUUAAAUGUUACACAUUGUGGUGAAUUGUAAGCUAAGUGCACUUGGUCAAUGAUUUGUAAAAGUGAAAACUUCACAGAAAUGUAAACAUUUGUUCAAGUCAUUGAUUUGACCUGGAAAAACUAAUUGCUGUAUGGGUUUUUACCAGAUUUGGGAUAAGUGCAUAUAUCUUAUUUUAAGCACUUCAUUGAGUGAGAUACUGAUUUUUUAAAAUAUAAGUACCCUUAACAUUAUGCGUACAGUUAAAUUGCACAAGUCCAUGAAUAGGUAGGUACAGGUUGUUAAUGAAAUUUCCAAAAUAAAAUUGAUGCUGAACCAUCAAA